AUGAUUCUUAUAACUGCACUGCUGUUCCUCUCUUUUUUGAAUGCCAACGCUCAAACAUCGAAGGUAGAAUCGAUGACAGAGUACAUGAGGAAUGCCACUGAAGAACUUCAUCAGCGGCUGAAUAAAAGCCUGGAAUGGAACGAAAAAUUGGAGAAAGAAGCGGACGAUGAAUCAAGGACGCCGCAGAAGAGGAAUUCAAGAACAGUUUAUCUGAAGCUCGGAGGGGCAAAAAGAGUCAGAAACGGAAACCUAGAGGACGCAUAUCUUGGCGCCAUUCAGCGCUUCUUCAAUCGAAACAAAACCGAGGUUGACAAUAUUAUACCACGUUCAAAAUACGGAUGUGGCGGCACCUUAAAAACCAAAUCUAAAGACGAGAACGAAAUGCAGUCUGUCUACGUCCUGUGUCUCUACGGCAGUACUACAAGCCCCACUUCACAAUGCAAGUGA